AUAGAAGCUGGAGGGGUGGAGCCGCUGGUCCUUGGCGGCUGCGGCGGAGCUUGCAGGCGGCUAGUCUUGCUGGCUCAGCAAGGCUGAUAAGCAUGAAGCUGCUGUGUUUGGUGGCUGUGGUCGGGUGCUUGCUGGUGCCCCCAGCUCAAGCCAACAAGGUGAGGGAGAGCUCUGAAGAUAUCCGGUGCAAAUGCAUCUGUCCACCUUAUAGAAACAUCAGUGGGCACAUUUACAACCAGAACGUAUCUCAGAAGGACUGCAACUGCCUGCAUGUGGUGGAGCCCAUGCCAGUGCCUGGUCACGAUGUGGAAGCCUACUGCUUGCUUUGCGAGUGCAGGUACGAGGAGCGCAGCACCACCACCAUCAAGAUCAUCAUCGUCAUCUACCUGUCUGUGGUAGGGGCCCUCUUACUCUACAUGGCCUUCCUGAUGCUGGUGGACCCCCUCAUUCGAAAGCCAGAUGCUUAUACUGAGCAGCUGCACAACGAAGAGGAGAAUGAGGAUGCACGCUCCAUGGCAGCGACUGCUGCAUCCAUUGGAGGACCCCGAGCAAACACUGUCCUGGAACGAGUGGAAGGCGCUCAGCAACGAUGGAAGCUGCAGGUGCAGGAGCAGCGGAAGACAGUGUUCGAUCGGCACAAGAUGCUCAGUUAGAUGCCUGGCACGGUGGCAUCAGGGACCCAGGCCACUGCUCCCAGCUUCUGGGGCUGCACAGAGCCAGUGGCCAGGUCCCCUCCCUCACUGAAGUCUUCCCUACAAAAGCCCAUGACAUUUGCCCUUCUCCCUCUCUGGAAAUGUGCUUGACUGUUAUAACUAGGGGGUGUGAUUGGGCUUCUGGUCUCUAGUGUCUCUUUAGGCCCCUGGGAAGAAGGGAGGGAAGGCAAGGCAGAAGGGAGCAGAGACACUCCAGAUGGCCACAAGGCUGAAUGGAAGUCAUUCCUAUCUUUACUGUACCUCCCAGCUCCACACCUUAGGGAAUCUUAUAGCUCCUUAGGAGAUGGAGCUGUGUCAUCGGGAACUCGGUGGGUGCGAGGAAAGUAUGACCCAGCACUCAGCCUGUGCUCCAGGAUGCUGUGGUCCUCAUUUCCACUUCCUCCAGUGCCAGUAUCUUAGCUUGGCCUGGCCCCAGCCUCAGGAACUGUUCUGGUGCCACUGAGUCCAUGGUGGUCUCCAGAGCCCACCUGGAAGCCUGCUUCCCUCUCCUCAGCUCCUGGUCCACCGAUGCAUGGCAGUGCCCAUGCAUGCCCGCACACUCAGCAGCUGUCACCUGACUCCCAUCUCAGGAGGCCACACAGCCUCCCACCUCUCCCCAGUGACUGCAACCGCGGAGCCAUAAAGUUGGACCACACAUCACAAGGCUGAGCGUUAGGGGACUUUAAUCCCAUGGCUCCUGUCCUUGGAUGGCUACUUGUCCCUGAAUUUCAUUGUACCAUGCAUGAAGAGAAAUGUUUGUCUUUCUGGUGUAUGUAAAUCAAGAAAGCCAUUAAAUUGUUUUAUUUCUCAAA